AACAUUUCUUGUUUUUCUUUGCAAACUUUGAGAUACAGUACAUGGAAGAAUGAGUUUCAAGCAGGCUAGAAAUGCCAAAGGCACCAAUGCUACAAUAUGCUUCUCACUCCUGAUAAAGCUAGAAAUGGAGAAAAAGUCAUAAGGGCAUAAGAUUUUGCACAAGCAUUUCAGAAACAGAACAUGGGAGACAAGCCAAAGAUUCACAUCUUUCUCGGUGCUCCUGUCAUUUCUGAAGGAGCAUUAGUGACAGAGAAAAUCAGGGGAGACUUUUUGGAAAACUGGAACACAAUUAAUCUUUCCUGUCACAAAGGGAAGCUUUGCCCACCACCUGGAGACUCCACCGAUGUUGAGUCAGUGGACAGAUCUCAGCACACAACUGAAAGGGAUCAUUUUAAACGGGUUGAUAGUGAGUAUUGCCCUAACCUAUCUCCAGUGAGCAAACAAAGUAAAAGGACAGUUCAACCCAAUGAAGAAAAGGGCAUAGUAGGUGACCCACACACCAAUGACCAGUCACAUUCAAUAAGCAGAUGUUCUCUGGUUUGUAAGAAACAGUCUGAUCAUUCAGUAGAAAAUGAAUAUCUGGAUACCUGCUUCCCAAGAGAAGGAACCAGGACACAAGUGGAGAGGAAUGCCUACAAUCCAGGGCUAAGUGUAAAUUCAGAAUUCCUGAGUGUGUGGGUAUCGAGUCAAGCUAUUUUUCUGAAGAGACAGCCCAAUUCACAGCUAGAAAUAGGCAAAAAUCCGGGAGACAUUGUCAACCAGUGCCAUGUGCCAGAUGGGGCUGUUGUUGUAAGUGAAGAGAGUUCCCCUGAGCUAUAUAGCCCCCAACCUAGUCAAGACUUGAAUCAUGCUGGUAACCAUAUUGCAACUAGAAAUAUUGCUUAUGUGGAAGAUAACUGCCAAAAUACAAAAUGUACUGAUUAUUUCAGCAAAGGACAGGAAGAAGGUGGUUUGGUUAUAGAAGCACGCCUUGGAGGACUUCUGUGUUCUCAAAGUGACAGUUUCUUAGAUGCAAAACAACCUUCCUCAACGUCAGAACCACCAGUGCUACCACUACGCAAAAAGUUCAAAAGAUCUCCAACUUCUGAAAGGACUGCGAAGAGAAUAAAGCAAUCUCCUUCUGUGACUGUGAUGCCACUUAAAAAAUGUGUAAACAAAGGAGUGCCCUAUCACAUUUUUGGCAUGGUGUUGAGUCCUUGCCAUCUGAAGGAAGUAAAAGCAAAAUCUAGACUGGCUAGUGGCUCAGCUAUUCCUUUAGCUGGCAUUGUUGUAACUGACCCAUCAGGAGCUGAAAUGAAAGUGUUGCUGUGGAGGGCAUCUGCCUUUUGGGCACUGACCGUGUAUCCUAAUGAUGCUGUACUCAUUACAGAUCUGACUGUGCAAGAGGAUCGAUGGAGAGAUGAGGUAGUCCUGCAGUCUAAACCAGUGAGCAAGCUUCUCAACUUGGGCCAUGUCUCUACUGUUCAUCCCCAGCAACUCCCAGAUUUUAUAGAAAGCACCAUGCUAACAGAGCUGCAGAACUAUGCAAAUAAGAAGUACAAGCACCUUCUCUCCAUUCCUUCAAGGAUCCCACAAACACCAGACACCAUACAACAUGCCAGGCUGGGGAAGCUGCAACAGGACACACUAGUUCAUGCUCUUCUCAGAGUCAUUCACAGCUCUGUGCUUACAGAGAUGACAUACAAUUAUAAGGGGCAGUCUGUGCAGAAAGUGGUUCUGACAGUGGAACAAAGUGAUGGACAGCAAGGAGCACUUGUGUUAUGGGGUACAGCAAGGACCUGGCUUCAAAGAAUUCAGAGGAAGAGAGACCUUGUCUGGGAUUUCAGGAUACUCAUGGUUCGAUGGGGAUCUCUGACAAGGAAUUUAGAGCUGCACACUACCCCCUGGUCAUCAUGUGAACCACUCUUCCCAGAUGACAAGCGCACACUGGAGUUCAGGAGCUGGGGCUGUCCACGGCAGUCUGCUAAAGAGAUGGACCUGUGCACACUGCUCUCUGAAAACUAUUCCGGGGAAGUGAAAUUUCGUGCCCACAUUGCUUCCUUGCGCUUCCCAGGCCCGGAUGCAGACAAUGUGAGACUGUUGGUAAACUUUGGCACUGCCCGCUGGAUGACUGCAGACUCCUUGUCUAAUAUCACUUUUACUGGCUGUGGACGGUGUUAUGCGGAAUUAAUGGCCGACAGCAAUGGAAUUUACCAUCUUUGUUAUCCUUGUCUGCCAUUUACUGGUGUUAAGCAAUAUUACAGGCCAGCUGAGCUGUCAGUGACAGAUGGAGAAAGGAUGGUCUUGCUACAGGUUCCAUCUUCUCUUGUACAGAAAAUCUUUCUAAAUAUUCCUCCAGAAAAACUGCUGACGGCAGUGGUGCCUUCAUCUACAGUGAAAUUUGCCCAGGUGGUCGCAGAUGUGUGCCGCUCUCUCUUGUCAAAUCCUACUGAUACCUACAGCUUUACACUAAGGAGUCAUUUCCUACUGGAUAAUAAUGGCAUACCAAUUCAACAAAACUUUGUUCUGCUGGAUUUCCAUUGUGAAUGCUGAUCAGUGUUCUCUAUUGUGCAUAUCUUAGAUGAAAUCAUUCAAUAAUGUAAAAAAUCGGAUAUUCUGAGACUAGUGUGUAACUCUGCCUGUGCAUUCAGCACAGUCAGCCCUGCAACCUCAAUAUGACCGAUUGUGUGCAACUUUUAAAACAGUCACAACAUGAAAUACUAGAACUGUGUAAUAAUAAAUUAUGCUGAAACAA